GGGAGCCUCCCCCGCCCGUCCCGGCGCCGUCAGUCAGGGCCAGCCCCGCCUCUUCCGGGCCUCUCCGCCUGGGCUGCCGCCUCCUCCUCCCUCGCUCGCUCUCCCUUUUGUGAGUUAUAGCAACCGUUGCCUUGUGAAUCAAGCGCCAUAGUCACCGUAGUCCUGGCGACUGUUACCCAUCAACAACAACCGCUCCUCUCCUGCUCCUCCUCCACCUCCUGCCGCUCCUCACCCCCAUCCUCACCCCCUUCCUCGCCGUCACCCGCAACAACAACAACAACCACAACAACAGCGGCAGCAGCCGCCACCUCCGGCACCGACGACAGCGGGGACGCCGCAGCCCGCCUCAGCCCAGAGACCACGAUGCAGACAUCAGAGACUGGGUCGGAUACAGGUUCAACUGUGACUUUACAGACAUCUGUGGCUAGCCAAGCAGCAGUGCCCACACAGGUAGUACAGCAAGUACCAGUUCAGCAACAGGUGCAACAAGUGCAGACUGUGCAACAGGUACAGCAUGUCUACCCAGCCCAGGUUCAGUACGUGGAAGGAAGUGACACGGUCUACACUAAUGGAGCUAUCCGAUCUACAACUUAUCCAUACACAGAAACCCAGAUGUACAGCCAAAACACUGGGGGAAAUUAUUUUGAUACUCAAGGAAGUUCUGCACAGGUGACAACAGUGGUCUCCUCUCAUAGCAUGGUGGGCACUGGAGGGAUUCAGAUGGGUGUCACAGGAGGACAACUCAUUAGCAGCUCAGGAGGGACCUAUCUGAUUGGCAAUUCAAUGGAAAAUUCUGGUCAUUCAGUGACUCAUACAACACGGACUUCCCCAGCUACAAUUGAAAUGGCGAUUGAGACACUGCAAAAGUCUGAUGGUCUGUCCACUCACAGAAGCUCUCUUCUCAACAGCCAUCUUCAGUGGCUUUUGGACAAUUAUGAAACUGCAGAAGGAGUGAGCCUCCCAAGAAGUACACUUUACAACCAUUACUUACGACAUUGUCAGGAGCACAAGUUGGAUCCAGUCAAUGCUGCCUCCUUUGGAAAACUCAUACGGUCAAUCUUCAUGGGAUUACGGACACGAAGACUUGGAACUAGGGGCAACUCCAAAUAUCAUUACUAUGGGAUUCGUGUCAAGCCAGACUCUCCUCUUAAUCGACUACAAGAGGACAUGCAAUAUAUGGCUAUGAGACAACAGCCCAUGCAGCAGAAACAGAGGUAUAAGCCUAUGCAGAAAGUGGAUGGAGUUGCAGAUGGCUUCACAGGAAGUGGUCAACAGACAGGCACGUCUGUUGAACAAACUGUAAUUGCCCAAAGUCAACAUCAUCAACAGUUUUUAGAUGCAUCUCGAGUACUUCCAGAGUUUGGAGAAGUUGAAAUAUCUUCUCUACCAGAUGGUACUACCUUUGAGGACAUCAAAUCACUGCAGAGUCUUUAUCGAGAGCACUGUGAGGCAAUACUGGAUGUGGUAGUAAAUCUUCAGUUCAGCCUGAUAGAAAAAUUGUGGCAAACUUUCUGGCGCUAUUCUCCCUCUACUCCACCUGAUGGCACUACCGUUAAUGAACCAAGCAAUCUGAGUGAAAUAGAAAGUCGACUUCCAAAAGCAAAGCUGAUUACUCUGUGCAAAAAUGAGUCUAUUCUGAAAUGGAUGUGUAACUGUGAUCACGUGAUGUACCAAGCUUUGGUGGAGAUUCUCAUUCCUGACGUCCUUAGACCUAUUCCUAGUGCCUUGACCCAAGCCAUUCGCAAUUUUGCAAAAAGCCUUGAAGGUUGGCUUUCAAAUGCCAUGAACAAUAUUCCACAGAGGAUGAUACAAACCAAGGUUGCCGCUGUAAGUGCCUUUGCCCAGACUCUGCGAAGAUACACAUCUCUUAAUCACCUGGCUCAAGCAGCUCGUGCUGUACUUCAAAAUACUUCUCAAAUCAACCAGAUGCUCAAUGAUCUUAACCGUGUUGAUUUUGCCAAUGUUCAGGAGCAGGCUUCCUGGGUGUGCCAGUGUGAUGACAACAUGGUUCAGAGGCUAGAAACAGAUUUCAAAAUGACUCUUCAACAGCAAAGCACUCUGGAGCAGUGGGCUGCCUGGCUUGAUAAUGUAAUGAUGCAAGCACUGAAACCAUAUGAAGGAAGACCCAGCUUUCCUAAAGCAGCGAGGCAAUUUCUGUUAAAAUGGUCUUUCUACAGCUCAAUGGUGAUUCGAGAUUUAACCUUGCGCAGUGCUGCUAGCUUUGGCUCUUUUCAUCUGAUCCGCUUGCUUUAUGAUGAAUACAUGUUUUACUUAGUAGAACAUCGUGUUGCUCAGGCAACAGGAGAGACACCUAUUGCAGUUAUGGGAGAGUUUGGUGAUUUAAAUGCUGUGUCCCCUGGAAAUAUGGAUAAAGAUGAGGGCAGUGAAGUUGAAAGUGAAAUAGAUGAAGAGAUGGAUGAAAAUGGAGAGCCACAAGCCAAGAGGGAGAAAACAGAGAUAAACCAGGCAUUUCAGGUGGGCUGCAUGCAGCCUGUGCUUGAGAGUGGAGUACAGCAGAACCUCCUGAACCCAAUUCAUAACGAGCACAUUGUUGCAACUACUCAGACUAUCAGACAAUGCAGUGCUACUGGAAAUACAUAUACUGCAGUCUAGUAUGAAACUUUCCCCCCACCAUUACAUUAGCCCUUUGGGUUUAAUAUGAAAAAAAAAAAUAAAGAGAGAAAAAGUCUGAAGGUUGACUGUUGUCAAAUUUUAACUGUGCUGAACAUAAUUUUAUUGGAGUUAUUAAAUGGAAUGGAUGUAUGUAUUUUGCCAGAUCUGUUUAAAAAAAAAAAAAAAAAAGAAAAAACAACAAAGAUUUUUUUGUAAACUGAAUCAUUUUACAUUGGCCACUCAAUAUGAAGAGUUUUCUUAGAAUCAAAUGCAAGGAAGAUUUUUGCAAAGCUUAAUGUUAAUGUUUUUGUCCUCUUAUAAUAAUUUAAAAUUUUUCAUAGUUUUUUAAAAAAAAUUAAUGUUAAUUAUUAGUUAUGACAAUGAUUUCAUAUACAUAGGUUUCUAAUUAGAUGCACUUCUGUGAAAUAUCAAAAGAACUAUUUUCUUUGAUUUACACUGGAGGCAUACUUAUUUGACAGCAGAUGUAUCAAAUUUGUUAUAAAAGGUGCUUUUCCUUGGACAACUAAAAGACACUAUUUUUAAAAAAUUGUGAGCAUUCAGGGGGAAAUUUUGUAAUAAUGCUGGAGGAUUGGGAAGAUAUUCUAGUUUCUUUCUGUAAGAAAGAAGCAAGUUUAAAUAAUGGAAUUGUAACAGAAUGUGAUAAUGUGUACGUAAUAAACGUACCUAAUUAUCUGACCAUUAUAUUAACAAUGCAAGGUUCCUUUAAAAUCAACAGUUCCAGAUAUUAUUUCCUUACCAGUUCCUCUGUUUUGAAGACUACUGAUUCUUUAUGUGGCACCACUGAACGGGUGCUUUUGGCUGUUGAGUGGUACUGUAGUUGUUAGAAGCUGAAGCUGAAAAAGAAGUGACUUGAUUAUUAUUGUUAAUUUUUAAGUGUACGUGCUACUUAAGCUGAACUGGACAUACAGGAAAACAUUCCGUUUGGAUGACUUUCUUCUAUUCCAGGUCUUUUCAUAUUAGUGAUUCAAUCUGCUGCUCUUAGAAAAGAUGAUUUAUAGAGUGCAAGGAAUGUAGCAACCUGCAUCAUUUUCCUUUCAAAAAUAUUUCCUUGUUGUUAAAGUGGAAUUAAAUUUUUACAAAAAAAAUUAGAUAAGGCAGUGUAACUGGCACACCUCACUUGUACUUAUUCCCAAUUGUGUAGAAUUUGAAUAGGUGGCUAGAUGGACCAUUGCCAUUUAAGAAUGUACAUCAGGGAUCAUUGUACCUCGGCUAUUACAUGGUGCCUUAAACAGAACUGAAGCUAAGAUUUAGUACUUUUUGUUAUUCUUAAUUCUUAAAUUAAUUCAACAAGGUGUGCCUGUCAUUUUCAAAUUCCCUAAGAAGUAAAGACAGGUUACAUAGCCUUCAAAAGAAGAAAAGGAUUUUUUAUUAUUAAAUGAUUUUAAUAUCCCUCUUAGAAUGACAAUAAACCUAUUUUUUCUCAUUUCUAGCUGGAUUUCACUUUAUUACAAAUAAAAUUUGCUUGGGAAUUUAGAAGGCAAAACUAGCUUUAAUACCAACUUCAAAUGUCAAAAUAGAUUGACCAUAGUCCCAAGCAUGAUUAUAUAUUUUUUAGACCCCUGUCUACUUUUAAUUUUAAAAAGUAAAAAUAAAUAAAUGAGCAGGUACAUAAUGCAGUGCAUGUUUUCAAUGUGUAUAUUUUGUGGGGUAUCAGCCUGAUUUUACAUUUUAAUGGUUAAAUCUCAUAAUGACAGUUUAUAUAGCCCAUAUUGAUUGACAUUAAACAAUCAGAUUUUUCUUCUUAAACAUUUCAUUAUGCGGACACAUGAAUUUGCUACACUAAAAUAGGGAAUUAAAUAAGAAACAAAGCCAAAAACUAAAGGAGAGCACAAAAAGAUCAACUUUAUACAAAAGACUGUGUAAGAAAAUUAGGGUUUCACUUAUUUUGGUUUAUCUACUGUGUCUAUAAAAUGACUUUAGAGUAAUAUAUACCAAAUGGGAGAAUAACGUGAAAUGAAUAGUGUACUUACAGCAACAGGUUUGUUGCUAUAAAUUACAUAUGCUUCAAAGACAGCUACAUGUGAACUGAAACGUCCUAACAUUAUUGUUGUACAAAAUUAAAUUUAAAUUCCUUUACAGAAUGGGGAGGUGAACCCGUCCUGCUUAUUCUGUGUAGACAUAAUUCCUAGUUAAUGUCAGUAGAAGGCUUUUGCCUCAGUAAAAAGUGAAAGUGAGGCUUAUAUUCAUUAUUUCUAAACUCAUUAAUGCACUGAAUCUCGUUAUAUAUUUUGUUCUCACAUAUAUCACUCAGUGUGUCCUGAUUUUUCCUUGGAAAUCAGCACAUCUGUACCCUUCACCAAAAAUGCUAAAACUAAGCUGUGAUAAAUAUUUACUCCCCUUCAUUGUGCAUUAUAAGAUGUUUACAAUUAAAAUAAAGUGACAUAAUUGAACUUUUUUUUCAUUUUCAACUUUUUUUAAUUCUGUAGUACUUCUUUCAGUUUUUGUGUUGACAAACCUAUAAUGUUUUCUUAUUAUUGUCUGUUAUUGGUUUAAUAUUGUAUUUGUUGUUACUGAGAAAAGAAAAUGAUUGUAAUAGGUAAAUCUAGAUCGUUAAAACAGGUGGGACCUGAGUAUCUUUAAUUAUUUAGCUCCCCACUCCCAUCCAGUUGUUCACUGUUCACUAAGUGCAAAAAAAGAAAAC